CAGCCAAUCAGCUGCUUUUGUCCUUUUGACUCGCUCUCCCGUCUUACAGCUCACCGGCAGCUUGUGCUUUUACACCAUCCAACAUGUCGGCUACGUCUGUGUUCCCCAUGUGUGUCCGGGCGAGCCGGGGCCUCCUGCGGCUCCGGAGCGGGGCGGCGGGCGUCUCCUCCCCGGCUGUGGUGCAUACAGUCCGGACACUCUCCACGGAGAAGCCGCCGACAGGCAGCGUGACGGGCGGGCUGGCUCAGGCGAUCCUCCAGGAGAAGCUCCAGCAGCAGCAGAGCCAGGGCCAGCCCCCCCCUGAGGGAGGUGAGGGAGAGCGGGACGGGGAGCAGAAGGACGACAAGAAGCAGAAGGAGAACACGGCCUACGCUAAGAAGAUGGUGCUUCGACUGGCCGGGCUCAUGGGGAUCGGCGGGGCGGUCGGCAUGGUCUACCUAUUCGGCAGCAAUUCAGUGGACGAACAAGGAAACCCGAUUCCAGACGAGUUCGACAGAGAUCCUCCGGUCGUCCAACAGCUGAAGAGAACCUUCAAAUACUUCCAGGACUACCGACAGAUGAUCAUCGAGCCGACGAGCCCCAAGCUGCUGCCCGACCCUCUGAAGGAGCCGUACUACCAGCCCCCCUACACGCUGGUGCUGGAGCUCACAGACGUGCUGCUGCACCCGGAGUGGUCGCUGUCGACAGGCUGGAGGUUUAAGAAACGUCCGGGCAUCGAUUAUCUGUUCCAGCAGCUCGCCCCGCUCUACGAGAUCGUCAUCUUCACAGCAGAGACCGGCAUGACGGCGUAUCCUCUGAUCGACAGCAUCGACCCUCAGGGUUUCGUCAUGUAUCGACUCUUCAGGGACGCCACGCACUACAUGGACGGGCAUCAUGUGAAGGACGUGUCGUGUCUGAACCGGGACACCAGCAAGGUGAUCGUGGUGGACUGUAAGCACGAGGCGUUCCGGCUGCAGCCCUUUAACGGCAUGGCUCUGAAGAAAUGGGACGGCAACUCAGAGGACCGCACACUCUACGACCUCGCCAACUUCCUCAAGACCAUCGCUCUCAGCGGGGUGGACGACGUCCGCUCAGUGUUGGAGAACUACGCUCUGGAGGAGGACCCCAUCGAGGCCUUUAAACGCAGACAGGCUCAGCUGGCACUGGAGGAGGAGCAGCGUCUGGCCGAGCUCUCGCAGCAGAAGAAACAGGGACUCUCCCUCGGCUCCAUCGCCUCGCGGUUCUGGCGCAAACAGCAGUGAGCCCCGCCCCCUCACAAAUUCCACCAAUCACAGCCCGGCUCUCCAUCUGCAUCAAGGUGAGGGGGGGGGGGGAGGGGGCGGGCCCUGCUGUGCUCGGACAUUGACCGGCCUCUUGCACCAAUAAGACAGCCACUUCCUGGUGUUUUGGAGGCGGGGCUUCGGCAGCCCCCUCCCCGGGUCAUCUUGGUGUCACCUGAUGCUUUGAAGCUGCUGAUUGGUUUAAAAAAACAGAACACAGGAGAGAGAGGAUCCAGGACAGGACAGACUCUUGUUGUUGGCGGUUGGAGGCUGAACUGAGAUCAGCGCUGCUAUCGCCACUCCGGCGCUGAUCUGCCCGCCGCCCUGCAGGAUCUGACCUGAGAUCAGACGCAUCUCGCGAACGUCUGUCUUCUUUUCUACUCCUCUGUGUGUCUCAGACUGUGCUGGUGGGCCGCUGCAGACCGUGUUAAAGUCAUGAAUAUGGUUUAUAAGAAAUAAAAAAAGAAAA